CUUGGCGGCCGGAGCAGCGUGGACCCCGGUUCUCGGCUCCCGGCGCCAUGUGAGGAGGUUCGGGGGCCGCGGGGGGCCUGGCGCUCCCCGGCGGAGAUGAGGAAACUGAGGCUCAGAGAGGUCACAUGGCUUGCUCGAGGCCCCCCAGCCAGUAAGUGUGGACCUGACAUUCGCGCUGGCAUCUGACAUGCUGUCCUGAUCAUGGCCUUCUCAGAGCAGGACCGUGAUGGGGCUGACCAGGGGAACCGUGGUCCUGGCUGAGGGCACUGCUCAGGCAAAGCUGUCGGAGGAGGUGGACUACACAUCCGAAUACUUACAGCCUGCUUACAGGUGUGACCCCACAACCUUGCCCCCCGGGCCACCUGCAGGACGCUGGCCCCUACCCCUCAACAGACGCCGGAGAGAGAUGAGUAGCAACAAAGAGCAGCGGUCAGCAGUGUUUGUGGUCCUCUUUGCUCUCAUCACCAUCCUCAUCCUCUACAGCUCCAACAGUGCCAACGAGGUCUUCCACUAUGGCUCCCUGAGGGGCCGCAUGCGUCGGCCUGUCAACCUCAAGCAGUGGAGUUUCUCCAAUGCCUACUUCCCAAUCCUUGGAAACAAGACGCUACCCUCCAGGUGCAACCAGUGUGUGAUCAUCACCAGCUCCAGCCACCUGCUGGGCACCAAACUGGGCCCUGAGAUAGAGCGGGCUGAGUGCACCAUCCGCAUGAACGAUGCUCCCACCACUGGCUACUCAGCAGAUGUCGGCAACAAAACCACAUUCCGCGUAGUGGCCCAUUCCAGUGUGUUCCGUGUGCUGCGGAGGCCCCAGGAAUUUGUCAACCGGACCCCUGAAACGGUGUUCAUCUUCUGGGGCCCCCCAAACAAGAUGCAGAAGCCGCAGGGCAGCCUCCUGCGUGUCAUCCAGCGGGCGGGCCUCGCGUUCCCUAACAUGGAGGCCUAUGCCGUCUCUCCCACCCGCAUGCAGCAGUUUGACGACCUCUUCCGGGGUGAGACGGGCAAGGACAGGGAAAAGUCCCAUUCCUGGUUGAGCACAGGCUGGUUUACCAUGGUGAUUGCGGUGGAGUUGUGUGACCACGUGCACGUGUAUGGCAUGGUGCCUCCUGACUAUUGCAGCCAGCGGCCCCGCCUGCAACGCAUGCCAUACCACUACUAUGAGCCCAAGGGGCCGGAUGAGUGUGUCACCUACAUCCAGAAUGAGCACAGCCGUAAGGGCAAUCACCACCGCUUCAUCACCGAGAAGAGGGUCUUCUCAUCCUGGGCCCAGCUCUACGGCAUCACCUUCUCCCACCCCUCCUGGACCUAGCCGUGCUGUCUUUGCAACCUUGGAGAGAUACCAGGCAAAAUGGCUCUGGGCCCAACCAUUUGACCAUGGCCAUCUUCCAGCCAGUUCAGUCUGGCUUGAGUAUUUCCCAGCCAAUAAAAUCAGGGCCUUGAUGAGGGUUUUUUUUUCCUCCAGCCAAUUAGGGCUGGGGUUAUCUCCUGGUCAGUCAGGGAUUUGGAAUUCUGUAUGGUUUAAUCGGGUGUCAGGGGGUCUUUCUUGUCUAAUCAGGGUCUAAGCAUAGUCAAUCAGGGUAUAGGGGUCUUUCUGAGUCACUCUGAGGCGCAGGUCAUAUCCUUUUCCAUAAGGCCUUGCGCCAGAGCCCCAGGAAUGGGCCCCAAAUCAUUUCCACCUCAGCUGGGACAAAGAGGUCUUGUCCCAAGGAUCUGGGGACUUGGUGUUGCCCCAUAGUUCCAGAAUCAGAGAUAGUGUAUGUGGUAGGAACUGCCUGGAAGCCAGGCCAGAGUUUGUGGAGUUCUAGAAAUGAUACAAAGGCCUGGGAGGCGGGAGGCAGGUGUCCAGGUCCUGGUUUCUUCCUGAGUGACCUUGGGCAAGCCCUCUUCUUUCUGGCAUGCCAUGAUGAUGUCACAUUCCUGAAUGCAGACAGAGACCCUCACUCUACAUUGUACUUAAGUGUAAAUUCCCCCAGCUAUCAUCCCGCACUGGGGGACUCAGCUCCCUGGGGAUGGGGAGCCUGGGGGCCCUUCCCCACCUCCUGGAAACUUUGGGGUAUCUGUGCAAAUGCCCUGUGGCUAAGGAGCUGUGACAAGUGAGGCGAACAUUAACCCUUAACCUGCCUCUAGAAAGGCCAGGCCACUCUUCCUGCCCUGCAGCAGGAGACUGGUCCCCCUGCCCAUGGAGCCUUUGGGAUAAAGAGUCUCCCAGCCACACCAGGGCAGCCUAUUUAGAGAUGCUGAGGGCUUUGGGGAGAAGUGUCUUCCCCCAUGUUUGGGAUGGAAAUAGACAGGAGCUGGGUUCCCUGGGUUCUGUUCCCUGCUCGAGCACUUUAUUGAAUUGGGGCUGGGUGGGGUGUGUUUAAAGCCCGCUCCUGUACAGCUUACAAGGGAAGGGCUUCCAGACGGGGGCUGUGGAGUCUGUGUGUGUGGGGUGCUGGCCAGCUCGAGUCCUUGCACACUGAGAUAAUUGGAGGGGGGCAGCAACAACCCGAUCUGGUUUUGU